GUCAAAAAGUUUUGGGUUAAAAUUGGGAGAAUUGUUCCAAAGCCGAAGGAACCUACUGUGCCAGUUGCCUGUUUCCACAGAGGGAACAUUUGAAGUUGGGAUUUAACCUGAACUUCUACGAAACUCAGAAGAAACAGGUGGACAUGUGUGGACUUUUGAAGGCAUUCUUCCUGGAACCAUAAAGUCCAAUGCUCAUCUCCUUCUUUCUCCCCCCUUCCUUAACCAGGUUCUUCUUCUUCUUCUUCUCUCUGCACUUAUUUGGCUAGUUUUUCUCUGCCCUUUUCAGUUUUUACCCUUUUUCUUGGUUUAAGGUACCUGUUCAAGUGAAUCUAGUAUAGUUUGUAUCCUUUUCUGGCCUUACAGAAUCUCUUUGAUUUGAUUGAUUGAGAUUGACUUUUGACAUAUGCUCUUAUUAUAGACUAACGGUUAAUGAUUCCCAAAUAGUGAUUUUUAAAACUGAAGGGGGUUGGUUUCACAAUUGUUCUUAAAAGCCCAUCUAGUAAUAAGAAGAAAACCAAAAGAAAUGAGGGGAAAGAAUGGAAAGAGAGAGUUUUGAACUUUAAUGGUUUUAGUAGUUUGUAGGACUUAGAAGAGGAAGUUGGUAUUCAUUAUUCAGUCAUUCUUACCAGGUUUAUGGAGCUGAAAGAGAAAGGGGAAAUUGCUUUUGAGGCCAUCACCGGAAAUUUCUUAAUUGAUAAAAGCUGGUUUUAGUUGUUAAUGUGAAUAGUAUCUUUGAAUGUACACGUUUGCGAUGACACCACUCUGAGUCUGAGAGAAAAGAAAAUGGGUGUCCGUGAUCCCAGUUUGUUGAGAUCUUCAUGGAGACAGUAAGAAUUGAUAAUGUUUCUAAAUCCGUUGGAUAUUGUUACUGGUUCUUGUAGCUGAAUAUUGUAUCUCAUAUGGAAAGAGCGAAUUCAGAGAAUAUUCCAAGCUGCAACUGUUAUCGGGCGUCUAGCUUAACAAAGCCAAUUCUGGCUUCAAACCUGAUUCUAGAUUUUACGGAUCGGUAUGUUGUUGGAAGUCAAUUGGGAUGGGGAAAAUUUGGCAUUAUAAGGGCAUGCACGGAUAAGUUAACAGGUGAAGUGUUGGCUUGCAAGUCUAUAGCGAAGGAGAGACUAAUCACGCCAGAUGAUGUUCGCAGCGUGAAGCUUGAGAUAGAAAUUAUGACCAAGUUAUCUGGGCACCCAAAUGUGGUGGAUCUCAAGGCUGUUUAUGAGGUGGAGGAUUAUGUGCAUAUACUAAUGGAGCUAUGUGCUGGAGGGGAGCUAUUUCAUCAGAUUGAAAAACAUGGAAGAUUCUCUGAGUAUGAAGCGCGCAUACUUUUUAAGCAAUUGAUGAAAGUGGUUACUUUUUGCCAUGACAAUGGUAUCAUUCAUAGAGAUUUGAAACCAGAAAACAUUCUUUUGGUCUCAAAGUCCUCCUUAUCACCAAUCAAGUUGGCAGACUUUGGUCUUGCAACAUAUAUUAGAGAUGGGCAAAAGUUGAAUGGUACAGUUGGCAGUCCGUUUUAUAUAGCCCCUGAAGUGUUGGCAGGAGGCUAUGAUCAGGCGGCAGAUGUCUGGAGUGCUGGUGUUAUUCUUUAUAUUCUGCUCAGUGGAAUGCCUCCAUUCUGGGGAAAGACCAAAUCAAAAAUAUUUGAUGCUGUUCGGGCUGCAAAGUUACAGUUCCAUCCUGUUCCUUGGGAUCACAUAUCAGAACCAGCAAAAGAUUUGAUUACUGGAAUGCUUCGUUUUGACCCUGCGAAAAGGCUCAAAGCUACUGAUGUUUUAGCUCAUCCCUGGAUGAAUGAUUCAAGAGAAGACAGAGGAGGAUCAAACAUUCAUGGCUCUUGCAAAUCUAAAUUUUUGGGGAUGGACAACUGUUCUUUUUCGACGCCAUCCAUAUCCGGAAACCAAGAUUCCAGUUUUGCGGAAAAAUCAACGUCCCUUGAAUGUAGUCAAGGGGAAAGUUCUCCAUUUUAUACUUGUGGAGCAUCUUUUUCAUCUUUCUCAAUGCAUAACCCACCUAGUUCGGUGUUGGGGGGAUUUUCUUUUGAAAAUUGCAAUGAUGCUACAGACUUUUCAACCCCACUUUCCUCAAUGCCAAGCUUUACGUUCCUCAGCCCAAGCCCUGUACCGCAUUCAACUGAUGAAAUGAGCUUUAGUGCUGGAGCUUCAAUAACAGUUGAAGGUUUUGGUUUGGGGAAAUUAUGCUUUAGUGCUGAUUCUUUGCAAACAGUUGAGAAAAAGUGGAGUGAGAGGACUGAUUUUCGGAAGGGAGUGGCACAUGGAAUGAAGACUUCAAGCAUUUCUAACAAAAAAAGGAACCAUACAAUAGGUCUUGGUGAACUUGACAAGCUAGAAUUCACGGCUGAGGAAUCGGUCAUUCGAUGGGCGUCGUGUACCUAUCUUACAACUUCUGCUUCUCUGAGAUCCUCACUAGUGUUCUAAGCAUUUGAAGGAGAAAGGCGACUUGCUACUGUCAACUCUUUUAGUGGUUCAUUAGCUUUAUUUGUAAGCGAGUACUGAUCAGUUCACAUGUUAUACUACUAGUAUUCUACUAAUAUAGGUUCAUCUUCCCUCAUGUUUAGUAUAUUCUCCAUCCAAUUGAAAUAGUCCAAUUCUGAUAGAUUAAAUCUAUAUAAUAUAAAUUAAAUGACUUACCUUUCAAAACAAAAAAUUGGGUACAUUGUAUAUUUAUUGAUUUUUAAAUUAUAUAAAUCCAGUAAUUCCAGU